AUGGCUCAUAUAAUCAUCACGAAAAUAGAAGCCUCAGACUGGAGCGAAAUAAUCCAAGGCCAUUUCCGAGCGUUUCAACAAGAACCCUUCCAGCAGCUAAUACAUGGCGAGGAUACCCCGCGCAACCAGCAGAUCUUCAAGGAGAGGAGCCUGAAGCAGUUCGCGACUCAAAGUAACUCCAUCUGGCUCAAGGCGAUCGAUACGAACAACGGUCGUAAAAUUGUUGGCGUGGUCAAUUACAAGUUGAAACCCGCUUAUGUUCCCCUGGCGCGACCUGAACUGAAGAUGGAAGACAUGAUAUGGCUCGAGGAUGUGGAGGAUAAGAGGAUUUUAGAUGUGAUGUUUAGAGAUAUUGUGGAUCGGAAGCUGAGGCUUUUGAGGGAGGGGCAUAUUGAGCUCGACGCCCUCUUCGUCCUCCCCGAAUACCGGGGCCAAGGAAUCGCAAGCCAGCUCAUCAAAUGGGGCUGCGAUCUUGCUAACCACCUGAUGGUGCCAGUAUGGCUGGAGGCUUCCACGAUGGCACACCCCGUGUAUCUUCGACAUGGGUUUGUCGACAUCGAGCACGGCCACUAUGUGAUGGGGAAGUGGGAUGUGGAGUAUUAUGUGAUGAGGUUGGAGCCGAAGGCCCUGGAAGUUAAAGUAAAGAUGGAAAACUAG